AUGACUUGCGUUCACAGUUUUACCCCAAAAACUCCUCUGUGCCACACAGAGAAGCCAAGUCUAAACCGCUCGGAGCAGCAGGGAAGGAGCGCUCUAUUGGGUGACAUUGUAAAGGAUCCAGAUUAAGAAGACUGUUACCAUGAUCGCAGUGGACCUAGCCUGGACAAACCUAAAGGAGGUGGAGGCGGAGGAGGUGGAGGAGGAGGCGGCGGAGGUGGAGGUGGUGGUGGUGGAGGUGGUGGUGGAGGCGGUUUUGGUGGCGGGUCUCCCUCUGGUUUAGGAGGCCUGUUUGCAGGAGGGAUGCCAAAACUGAGGUCUGCAGCAAACAACUCGGCACCCAGCAGAGGACCCAUGCUCCCCCCGGGAGGCCGAUCUUGUGGGCCUACCCCUUUCAGUGGAGGUGGUGGUGGAGGUCCACCCAAACUCCCAGGAGCCCCUGCUGGUGUUCGUGGCAAUGCACCUGAUCUUCCAAAGGGUCGACCAAAUUUUUCAUCAAGACAAGACACUCCAGGAGGCCCUCCACCUGUUCCCAACACACCUCGACCAAACCAGAGCUUCCAGUCUCGUGGGGGCCCACCUCCCCCGUCACUCCCUGGAGGACCAAGGCCCAGCCCAGCUGGGACCUCAACCUCCUAGUUUCCACCAGGGAGGCAUGGACCCCUCCCUCCUCCACCAGGAGGCUCCUCAGGUGGACCAAAACCAGGAUUUUCUGCACCUCCUCCUCCUACCCCUAACAGCAGCCGACCAUCUUUUCCGCCUUCUUCCGGAGGGAGACCUCCGCUUCCUGAUGACCGACCCCCACUCAACAGCCCCUGUGGAGGUCAUAGACCGUCUAUGCCUCGUGACUUUCCCCCUCCUCCCUCCUCUAUCAAUUCAAAGCCUUCUCCAGUCUCUGCCUCCCCUGUCUCUCGCUCUACAACUGGUGGAGGUGUGCCACCUCUCCCACCAGGCCGACCGGGUCCACCUCCUCUCCCACCCUCCCCUGCUGUGGGGGAUGAUCACAGCACUCGUCUCCCUCAAAGGAACAGCUCACUCAAUAGCCAUGCUCCAGCUCCACCUCAUACUCGAGCAGGACCUCUCCCUCCUCCACCAAACGAGAGACCACCAUCUCUUGGAAGGAAUCAAUCCUCAACACGUACAGGGCCUCUUCCUCCCCCUCCACCCUCAGGUCGUAGUGUGGGUGGGGGCAGUGUGAGGUCAUCAGCUCCUUCUCCUAUUGGUCGACCUGGCCCAGAGCCCCCUCGUGGUGGACCUGGCGGGAGACCUCCCCUCCCUCCAGACAGGCAGGGAUAGGGGGGGACCCCCCCUCCUCCUCCACCUAUGGGUAAUGGCUUCCAAAACUCUCAUCACAACCAGAUACAGGGUGAUGGGAGUGUCGCUUCCAAUUUUCAUCCUGUGUCUGACCUUCCUCCACCCGAGCCCUAUGCCCUCCCAAAAACCUACCCCAGCAAGAUGGGCAAGAGUGACGCAGGGUCAGUGUGA